AUGGCUUCCGACUACACGUACACGUUCUUUCGCAUUUCGCAGACCGAACAGCUAGCGGCUUCUGUCGCUCAAUAUCGCAAGCUCCGCCUAAAGGCACUGAGCACAUCCCCCGACUCAUUCUCCUCAACGCAUGAAAUUGAGUCAGGCUUCGGCGACAAAGUUUGGGAACAACGCCUUUCUGAGAAGGGAAAAGAGACCUUCAUUUGCGCCGCUUCUCAUAUCGGAUCCGGUACCGCCGAAUGGGUCGGGCAAGUUACGCUGCGCGGACCACUGACGCAAGAUGAGUAUGAUCUGCCCGAAGAAUCAGGUCAGCCGCCCGUGGAUCCAGACGCGCAUUCAGAGCAGUGGCAGAUGCUCAGCUUGUACAACCUUCCGGAGCACCGCGGCCACGGCUUAGGCAAAAGGCUUUGCCUGGAAGCACUCCGCUACCUCGAGCUGGAGAGGCCUGCUUCGAGCUCCCUGGUGCGACUCAUGGUCAAGCCACAAAACACCGCCACCGUCGGUCUGUACAAGAGUCUUGGAUUUGAGGAGGUGGGCCGGUGCACGCUCGCGGAAGCUGUCAUGGCCAACGGUGAUGCGAAACUGCUGCCCGAAGAUUACGCAACUCGGAGCGAAUAUACUACUCGAGGGGGAAUCAUCAUGACUCGCAUAGUCCCAGGGCAGAAAGGCGAGGCUUAG